AUGGCCGAAAAUAUUCCCUCCCCCGUCCCCGCCAGCGACGAGUACUACAACUUGGGCUCGUUCGGCUAUACCAUCACCACCAGCAGCGCCGACACCCAAACUUGGUUUAAUCGGGGCCUGACCUGGGUACAUUCGUUUAAUCAUAUCGAGGGUGCCUACUGCUUUGAGCAGGCCAUCGCCCAUGAUCCUACAUGCGCCAUGGCAUAUUGGGGGCUCGCUUAUGCGAUCGGCCCAAACUAUAACAAGCCCUGGGAGAAGUUCGAUCUGGGAGACCUUUAUACCUCGGUGCAGCGGGGCCACGAUGCAUCUCGAAAGGCAAAGGGAUAUGCAGAAAAUGCAACUCCCACUGAAAAGGCUCUGAUUGAUGCGAUUCAAUUCCGUUUCCCAACCGACCAGCCUGCGAAGGACUGCCCGGCCCUUAACAAGAGCUAUGCCGAUGCCAUGAAGCUGGUUUAUGACGCUUUCAAAAAUGACCUGAAUAUCGCCACACUAUACGCCGAUGCCUUGAUGAACAUGGCUCCCUGGGCCCUGUGGGAUCUUUUUACUAGUAAACCGAACCCCAAAGCGCCCACGAUAGAGGUGAAAGCUGUGCUAGAAGAGGCGCUGGCGCGGGAGCAUGCCACUCUCAACCCCGGACUGCUUCACCUGUACAUUCAUUUCAUCGAAAUGUCGCCCACUCCUGAGCUCGGCAUUGAUGUUGCCGAUCAUCUGCGUGAUCUGGUCCCUGACGCUGGCCAUAUCCAUCAUAUGCCGACACACUUGGAUAUCCUGAUUGGCGAUUGGCGACGCUCUAUUCAUUCAAACUACAAAUCGACUCUCGCAGACGACAAAUAUUUCCGGAAGUCAGGCGCUAAAAACUUCUAUACUUUCUACCGCCUACACGACUACCACUCCUUGGUCUAUGCUGCCAUGUUUGCCGGCAAAAAGAAGACUGCCCUCGACGCGGUCACUCGCAUGGAAGCAACAGUCCCCGAGGAAGUUCUUCGAAUCCAGUCCCCACCCAUGGCCGACUGGCUUGAACAAUUCAUGGCUAUUCGGCUACAUGUAAUGGUGCGCUUUGGCAUGUGGGAGGACCUCAAACGCAAAGAACUACCACACGACCGCACACUAUUUGCAAGCACUACUGCCGCCACUCACUAUGCCAGGGGCCUGGCAUUUGCCGCUACCGGAGAUGUAGCCACAGCCCGGGAGGAACAGGGACUUUUCAACCAAGCGUGGGCUCGAGUCCCCGAGACCCGCCGCGCCUACAAUGGCAAAAUGAUCGACGUGCUCAAGGUCGCCGCCGCCAUGCUCGAAGGGGAAAUUGAAUACCGCUGCGCCAACUACGAGAAAGCCUUUGCGUCUCUGCGCCAGGCAAUCGACCUCGAAGACAAGUUGCCAUAUAGCGAGCCUUGGUCAUGGAUGCAGCCUGUGCGCCACGCAUACGCUGCCCUGCUCAUGGAACAGGGUCAUUUGGAUGAAGCAGCGCAGACAUACCGCGCAGAUCUAGGUUUGGACCACUCUGUCAUUCGGCCGCGCCGGCACCCGAACAAUGUCUGGUCGCUGCAGGGAUACCAUGAGUGUCUGGUCCGACUGGGGAGGGCGGACGAAGCAGCUAUGAUUGAACAGCCGCUUGAGCUGGCCCUUGCGGUGGCGGAUGUUCCGGUGCAUUCGUCGUGCUUCUGUCGUUUGGAUACUUCGCAGAGGCCGCAGGUUUUGAAUGAGAGCUCCUCUGAUGGGAAGUGUUGCUAA